AAGGCCAUAUUGUGCGCUACGCUGCGUGAAGAAGACGUGUUGAAGAGCAAUGUCACCGGAGCAAAGCUGAGGUGUGUCGUGAAGCAUUUUUACACUUCCUGUCUUGAAACGCCACAAAGAAGAAGACUGAAGUUGGAAAAUGUUGGGAAACUCUCGCCCCUUCUCUUACUCGCCGAGGUUAGUUACGUUUGGACUUGUGCUUCUCCUUUGCUUUGUUGCUGCCAUGUUUAAGAGGGCGGGGCUGUCCACCCAUCCCCUGGUGGGGGAGGAUGCCGGGAAGACCUGGCGGACCCAAACCUGUUGUCAAGCUCUACUGGGAACGGCUGACAGUCCUGUCAGGACUUUCAACUCCCACCUCUGGGAGAGCUUCAGCCAUGUUCUGAGGGAGGUGGCAGACAUGGAGUCCAAACAGGCCGUGUUCCGUGCCUCCAUUGGCGAGGAGGCUCAUCCGAGGUCUGGUCGUAAGGUGGUCGGGGUCUGUCAUGGUGGUAAUCCCAGAACCUGUUGCUGGACACCAGGUGAAGCUGAAGGAGUCCUAUCAGGCCUUCUUGGCUCAUGGGACUUUGGAGGCAGCUGACUGGUACCGGCAGGCCGAGCGGGCCGCAGCUUUGGCAGUCGCUGAGGUCAUUGGAGGAGUUUGGAGAAGCCAUGGAGAGCGGCUUUAAAGAGAUUCUGGACCACCAUCCGCCAUCUCAGGAGGGGGAAGCGGUGAACCGUGAACACCGGUGGGGAAGCAGUCCUGGAACUCCAUGGUGGACUCUUCUAUCUCCAGGCCUGAGGCUGCUGAGGUUGUCACAGAGCUCCUCGAUGGCAGGACCCCGGGGGUGAAUGAGAUCAGCCCGAAGUUCAAGGCCCUGGCUUCUGCAGGCGUUUCUUGGUUGUACGGGUCGAUGUCCGCUCCUGCUCACCUGUGGUCGUGAGCGUUGGGUUGUGACCGAGAGGACAAGAUCAAGGCCCAAAUGAGUUUCCUCAUGUACCACCAGUGGUGAUGGAACUGCAGUUUGAGAAUCAGUGAGCGUUUCUUGUGUUCCAGGAGCUUUCCACCGGAUGAGUUCCCUCAUUCCAGGUGGGCUCUCCAGCAAGACGACUACAGGGGGUCUUCACCUCAGAGCUCUCAAAGAAACGUGUCUCGACCAACGGGCAAAUCCAUCUAUAAGAAAGGAGUACUCGGAGGUGCUCACCAGGCAGCCUGACGACCUUCAGACCAGAGUGGAGCACGUGCUGACCUGCGAGCUGGAUGGCCAGCAGCUGAUGUCACUGGACGACUGCGUGGCCAAGGUCACGAGGCUGGACGCCAAAGGUCGUCUGUGGCCUCAGGAGAUGAUCCUGGAGGUGCAAGGAGGAUACCUGCUGCUCUGCGACACCGAGACCAAAGGAGAGCUGGAGGCUCUGCCUCUGAGGAACAUCCAGCAGACCAGAGCCGUGUUGGACAGCUGCUCUUAUGAUGCUCUUCUGAUGGUGACCACCAGGGAAGGCGGCAAACGCUUCCCCCAGGUCUACAUCUUCCAGUGCGAGGAGACCGGGGCGGAGCUUCUCAAGCGUGACCUAGACAAGUUUGUCCAAAGAGGAGGUGAGCGAGUGCCGCCACGCAGCGACCAGACAGUCCCCAGGCAUGAUAAUAUCGGGCCUCGAUCUCCUGGAGGUUUCCAGCAGGCUGCAGCUCAUGCUGUGCAGAAAGAAAGACCCUACCAACCACCGCUGCCUCCCCCAGAGUACCCCCUCCCACGGUGGACCUACAGAGAACCUGAAGACACCCCCCCUCCCCACCUGUAUGCCCCCAAAGAGGAGCCAAUGCAUGAUCUGGGCGGCCCCCACGCCAGUCUGGAGGCAUCCGAGCAGACCGAGGCUGACAGGAACACGGACAUUUUAAACCACGUUUUAGAUGACCUGGAGAUCUUCCUGGGAAAGGUGUUAGCUGCCAGGAAUGGGCCCCCCCCUCAGCAGGAUGGUAGGAGCCAAAGGAAGGGCGUGUUUAAGAAGAAAAACACCAAGAGCGCAGCCGUCCAUCUGCCCCCCCCCCAGGAAUUUGUCUCUUGUCUUCAGAAACUGAAAUAUGGAUUCAAUCUGCUGGGCCAGCUGGACGGCUCCCUGGCCAAGACCAGCGCCCCCGACUACGUCCACAUCUUCUUCACCAGCUUAGCGACUAUUCUUCCCCACUUCCAUGCGCACCUGCCCCCCACCGUGGUGGCCCCGUUGCUGACGGAGGCCGCCCUGAGGCUGCUCAGGCGGGUGGUCAGCCCGGAGGAAGACCAGCUCUGGAGGUCUCUGGGAGACAGCUGGAACAUCCCCAGGUCUCGAUGGCCUGCCGACGUCCCCCCCUACAUCCCCGAGUUCUACGGGGGCUGGCAGCCACCCGCCCCGCCCCCCAGGCGUGCCCAGGUGGCUUAUGACAACGACCACGUGAGCAGGACCAGCAGCCAGCGCUACCCAGCGAGACCAGACUCCUGGCCCGUGAAGGAAGGUCGUGACCUCAUGCGUGUCAUGUACGACAUCGUGGCCCGAAACAGCAGGGAGCUCACGGCGAUGAAGGGCGAAGUGGUGGAGGUGCUUCAGCGGUCUAAGCAAUGGUGGCUGGUGCGCAAUGAUCGUGGGCAGGAUGGCAACGUUCCUCAGAAUGUUCUGGAGCCCAUCAGGGGCGGCAUGCCAGCGGAGGAUAUGCUGCGCCGAGCAUCUCCUGGCCCAGCGUCCCUAAACAUGGCCUCCUCCCCUGCAGAGGUCAGAGCGUGGCUGCAGCACCGAGGCUUCUCCAAAAUCACCGUCGCCAGCCUGGGGGUCCUGACGGGUAGGAUGCUCCUGCAGAUGGGCAAGGACGAGAUGAGGACCGUGUGUCCGGAGGAAGGGGGGAAGGUCUUCUUCCAGCUCCAGGCCAUUAAAUCAGCCAUCGCGCUGGCCAGUGAACCCUCGGGUCCGUAUGAUGGACGCUACUGAUGGACCAGCCUUAAGGGGACCUACUGGGCCCACUUCCAUCCUUUCUAUUGACUUGUGGCCUCCUGUAGAGCGGCUACACACAAUGACCCGCACAGAAAACCUCACACUAGAUCUUCCACAAUUCCACAGAAUUCCACAGACCCAUCCCAAACUUCUUUCAGGGCUCACUUCCUAAGGUGCAGCAAACCUGACGGUCCCAAACGUUGGAAUGGUAACUCCGGAAGGCAACAUUCUAACUCCAUUUAUUGGUCCCCUUAUAUUGGUCCAUUUAUUGGUCCCCUUAUAUUGGUCCAUUUAUUGGUCCCCUUAUAUUGGUCCAUUUAUUGGUCCUUCCUCUUGACGUUCAGACGCUUUUAACAUGAUGAUUGAAAUAAUCCACACAACUAAUGACUAUAAUUAUUGGUACAGCUAUAAACACAACCAUGCUAAAUAUUCAUAUAGUCAGGCGUGUUAAUAAAGUGUCCUUGGAAAACA